AUGCCCGCGUUGAAGCGGCUGCUGAGAGCCAGGCUGGGCUGCCGCCGCCGCCCCGCCGCGCAGUGCCUCUUCUGGGGAGCGUGCUGGGCGGUAGGGGGCGGCCUCUUCGCCUUCUUCUUCUUGGCGCACGGGGGCGUCUUCUCCGGCCGGUGCACGGACGAGCAGAGUCGCCGGAUCCUGGCCAAGCUGUGUUUUGACUACGGGACGGGCAUGUUGACUGGGGAUCUUUGUGAAGACUUAUGUGUGGCCCAGACUUUGACCUAUAAACGCUGCCUUUAUUAUGACCAGGGGAAGAAGGUCAUCCAAGCUGACUGGAGAGGCCGCCCUGUGAUCCUAAAAUCAAAAAACGAAAUAUUCUCUAGCUACCGUAGUCUUGGAUUUUUGGAAGAAAUGGAAUCACAGGGAAUUCCGGAAACAGAGCUGCUUCUGAUGGUUGCUUUGGAAGUCAAGAACACCUUGGGUUUGGAACUUCCUAACAAAACUGUGGGACCUUUGUGGAAGAAAAGAGGCCCACAUUGGAAAGCACAGCUGGCUAGUUUGUGGUCUUUACUCCAACAGGAAGAGUACAUUUAUUUUAGUGUUUUGCAGGACAUCAGUAAACACGUUCUAAGGGUGAUCGGUUCUUGUGGCCACUUUUAUGCGGUGGAAUAUCUGACAGCUGGACACGCCUGGCACAGUACCCUUUUCUCCGUGGAAGAUGCUGUUGGUGCUUCCCUAUCUGGGAUUAAACACAAGGCCAAAGCCAUAAUCCAAAUUGCAAUCAGCUUCUUGGAUAUGGUGAAUCAUUUUGACAACGACUUUUCUUAUCCUCUUCAUCUCUGUGAUAUUAAGCCAGAAAAUUUUGCCAUCCGGAAUGAUCUGACGGUGGUUGCCAUUGAUGUAGACAUGGCCUUUUUUGAACCUAAGAUGAGAGACAUCCUCGAACAAAACUGCUCAGGAGAUGAAGACUGUGUUUUUUUCGAUUGCUUUUCCAAAUGCGAUCUGAAGAAUGGAAAAUGUGGAGCAGAAAGAGCCAACACUAACCUUCAAGUCAUCUGUGAUAAAAUAUUUCGCCCCUGGUUCACUCUAAACCUCGGAGGAUCAGCCGUUUCCUUUCCCAUGCAGCUGCAGUUACAAGAGGCUGUGCAUGAUUGUGCACAACCAAGGAUCAAGGAUAUUUCCAACAUCCAGAGCAAUUCUGCAAAUUCUCUUUCUCAGCUGUACUACUUGCUCCAAGUCAGCCAAAAGGAACUUCAGAAAUCUAGUCUAGCACAUUCAUCAGUUAUGGUUACCCAGGAAACAUAA